AUGUGGCCCUUCGCCUCCACUACCCCUGCCCCCGCUCAGCAUCCCUCGGCAGAAGCAUCAGCAGACAAAUGUCCCGUCGACCAUACUACACGCCAGACGUGGCUCGCCAACAAUCCUUCCACGCCGCAUCCCUUCUCUGCCCCCGUUGCUGGGCCGAGUUCAGCACCUGAACAGGUUUCGAAGCCUGCGCAACAGAGACAGCCGAGACUAUCCCAGCAACGAGUCAUCUCUUCCAUCCCGAGAGGUUCGACCGAAUCGCCGAAUGCCGAUUCCCCAGGCAUGUCCCUCCGCGAAGACGCCCCCUCCUACCCCCCUUCCCCCUCCUCCCCCUCCCCCUCCUCCAUGACCCAUGCCCAACCAGAAAAAGACGCCUCAGGCAACUGGAUCUACCCCUCCGAACAACAAUUCUUCAAUGCCAUGCUCCGCAAGAAACACAAUCCCAACCCCUCUGACAUGCGCACGAUCGUGCCGAUACAUAAUGCGGUGAAUGAAAAGGCGUGGGAGGAGAUUCUGAAGUGGGAGCAUGGGGUGGAUGAUGGGGGGAGGGGGUGUGGGGGGCCGAAGCUUGUUAGUUUUGUGGGGAGACCGCAGGAGAGGACGCCGAAGGCUUUGAUCAAGGGUCUACUUGGCUACACAGCCCCCUUCGACAGACACGACUGGGUCAUCGACAGGUGCGGCACCCACAUCCGCUACGUUAUCGACUUUUACACCGGCCGCGCGGGGGUGGAUCAGAGAAUCGCGUUUCAUUUGGAUGUCAGGCCGGCGGUGGAUGAUUGGGUGGGGGUGAAGACAAGGGUUGUGGGGUGGUGGAAUGGGGUUUAG